AUGAAAGAAAGCUGUAAACAUUAAAGAUUUGUUUGCUAAGAAUGUAUAUAUAAGGAUCAUUCAGAUCAUUAAAAUAUGAUUUCUACUUUUGAUAAUUUAGAAUUACAAAUAUCUAAUAGGUUUGGGGAUACUUUUUUAGAUAUUCAUGAUGUUUUUGAUUAAAUCUAUCAAUAAUAGGAAUUUCAAGUAAUUAAAUAAUAAAUAUAUGAUGAAUUUGACAAAUUAGAAACUUAAUUUAACCAAAAUUAGAAAUAAAUUAAAGAAUUAUUGGAUGCUUACAAGAUUAUUUCUAAAAUAAAGGAUGGAUAUAUUAUGGAAAUUAGUGUGGAUGAUUUUAAUAUCCUUUCUGAAAUAUUUUAUAAUUAGAAGAUAAAUAAUUAAUCAGCUUUGAAUUCUAAUUUAACUUUACUAAGAAAUAAAUCAAUGUAAUUCACUACCAAAUUAAAAGAAAUUUAACAAUAUAUUAUUUCUACUAAUACUAAUCUAGAAAACCUGGAUUUUGGCAAAUUUAUAAAUAGAAAUAUCAAAUAAAAGAUUAUAUCCUAAUUUUAUACAUAAAACUUAUUGGAUUAUUCCUUAGUUCCUUCUGAAUAUUAAUAUAUAAGAGGAGUCAAAGUUGCUGAAUUGGAAAAUAAUAAUGAGAUAUAUUAUGGAUAAAUUAAUGAAAAGUAAUUUAAACAUGGAAAAGGUAUUAAUUUAUAUUAGAAAGGUAUGUAAAUUAUUAAAAAUGGCGAUAUUAUUUAUGAAGGUAUUUGGGAGUAAGAUUAUUUUCUAUGGGGUUAAAAAACAACAUUUAAUGAAAAUACGGAAUGUUGUAUUUUUUAAGGUAAAAUGAUUAAUAAAAAACUUAACGGAUUAGGCUUAAAAAAAAGUUCAUUUGAAUAUGAGUAAAAUUACAUUUAUUUUUUAUAGAAUUAAAGGCAAUUUUAUAGAUGACAAAGUUUCAGGAAAUGUAAUUCUUACUACAGAUAAAGGAGAUUUGUAUUAUAUAUCUAAUAUAUUCUUCUAGAUAUAAAGGAGAAUUUUAUGAAAAUAAAAAGCAUGGAAAGGGAGUACUAUAGACAAUAAAAGGAGAUAAGUAAUUAAUAUACUUAUUUAGAUAUGAUGGAUCAUUUUAUAAUGAUAAAAAAUAAGGAACAGGAACUUACUAUUUUUCUAAUGGCGAUAUGUAAAUUAAAAAUUUAUUAAUAUUUAGUUAUAAAGGUAGUUUUUAAGAUGAUUAGAUUCAUGGAAGAGGACAAUUAAUAUGUUAUAAUACUGGAGAUGUGUAAAAAUUAUUUUGAAUUAUAGAUAUAUAGGGAUAUUUAAAAAUAAUAAAAAAGAAGGAGAAUUUGAUGUCAAGCAUUCAAACGGAUAAAUGUAUAAAUUAUAUUAUUAAAUAAAGUGAUUAAGUAGUAUUCAAAAAUGAUUAAUCAAAUGGGAAAGUUAAAGCAAUCAUUAAAAAAUCUGCUCAAGCAAUAAAAGGAACAAUAUUUCAUGAUAAAAAACAAUGA